AUGGAUAUACGACCGUUAAUGGAUGAAGAGGAACGUAGUUUAGUGGGAAAUGAAGAAUGUAGUAUUGAUGACGUUGGAAGAGAGGAUAAAUACGAAGAAAACAUGGAUGACGAGGAUGAACUUAAUUCAGAAAGGAGUCCAUUUCUUGAAGCUGAAAAAGGUACAACAACAAUUCAAAUCAAGCGAAGAAUUGGCCUCGUCCACGCGAUCGCCAUGGUGGUAGGGGGAAUAAUCGGGUCGGGAAUAUUCAUAUCCCCCCGGUACGUUGUUCUACAUGCCGGCUCCAUGGGGGAAACUCUGUUAAUAUGGACGUUUGGCGGUGUUGUGAGUCUUUUUGGAGGACUUUGUUACUGCGAGCUUGGAACAUUCAUCGAGAAAUCUGGUGGCGAUUAUAUCUACUUGAAACUCGCUUACGGCCGCUUUAUCGGGUUCUUAUACAGCUGGGUUAAUGUGUGGUUUUUAGAUCCCGCUUCUUUUGCUAUACUCAGCCUAACUUUCGCUGUGUAUGCUACUGAGCCGUUCUUUCCCAGCAAGGCAACCGCCGACAUGGAUAUCGCCUGCGAACCACCGGUUGGCUUAGUGAAACUUUUAGCAUCUUCGGCAAUUUGCAUUUUGACAGCUGUAAACUGCCUCAGUAUUCGCUUGGCAGCCCGUGUCCAAGUACUGUUUACAUCUUGUAAGCUGAUUGCAGUGGCCAGUAUAGUUAUUGUAGCUCUAGUCCGAUUAAUAGUUGGCAAAACCAAAGGGUUUGACCCACAGCAUGUUUUUAAUGACAGUGCUAUAAGCCCAGGUCACGUGGGCCACGCCUUCUACAGUGCAAUGUGGGCGUAUGGUGGAUGGAACUCGCUUAACUUCAUCACAGAAGAGGUUAAAAACCCUAAAAAGAACUUUCCAAGAGCUUUAGUUAUAUCCGUUCUCAUAGUUACGUUGUCUUACGUCUUGAUAAACCUGGCGUAUUUCAGCGUAUUAACAAAGCAAGAGAUCCUUGCUUCUGAUGCUGUUGCUAUCUCAUUUGCUUCUCGUUUGAGCCCGGUUUUUGGAGCACUUAUGCCUCUUAUUGUGUCUUUAUCAUGUUUUGGUUCUCUUAACAUGGGAUUGUUCAGCAGUUCAAGGAUAAUAUUUUCAGUUGCCAGAGAGAAGCAGCUUCCCUCAUUUUUAGCCAUGAUUCACAGGGAAUCUCAAACACCUAUUCCAGCAGUUCUAAUGCGGGCCAUAUUGGCACUUGUUAUGCUCCUCCCCACUAAUAUUGAAAAUCUACUGAACUGGUUAUUGUUUGUAGAAUGGCUUAUCUACUCUGCCAUUUUCAUUGGUUUGAUUUGGUUGAGAAGGAAAAAAGCAGACACACCAAGAUAUUUCAAAGUCAAUAUUGUUAUUCCUGUUUUCAUGGCGGGUGUUUCAUUGUGUUUUGCGGCCACACCCUUUUUGUCCAAUCCCUUGGAGUCUGUGUUUGGACUGUCAGUUAUUUUAGCAGGAAUUCCGGCAUAUUACAUUUUUAUCAAGAAAAACUGGACAUCCAGAUCAAAGCGUUUCAAUAGAUUUUUCUCUAAAUUUUCCUAUUACAUUCAGCUCAUUUUUAAUGUGCAUGCGAUAUCUGGGUCCCGCGAAAAUUGA